AACUCCAGCCUCCAACAACCUGCUACCCGUUCCCUACCCGUUCCCACGUUCCAGAGGCCAUCGCCUGCGUCUGUUUGGCUUCUUGGUCCCAUAGACCCCCCGAGGCUGCUUAAACCCUUUUUAUCACUCUGUCCAACGCUGCCGUGAUCGUCGGCCAUGUCUCGAAGAGCAACAUCACGGCCCACAUCCUACUACAUCCCUCCGCCAGAGGAGUUCAGCGACGAAAACCCAAUGUCCGACGACACCUCCGAGACCCGCUGCGUUUGCAACGGAACAGAGUCAUUUGAAUGGAUGAUUCAGUGCGAAAAGUGCGACAAAUGGCAGCACUGCCAAUGCAUGGGCAUUUUGUCCAAACGGGCUGAGCCCGAGCACUAUUUCUGCGAACGAUGCCAGCCCAUUGGCCACCCGUAUUUCAAAUUCAAAUCCCGACAGCACAAGAACCAGUCCAAGGACCAGCCGGCUCCGACCAAACGGCCUCGCAACACAAACAACAGCAACCAAACGCCCGAGGCGGCUGAUCUCCCCGACACUUUCCUGCCGCCACCGCCAGAGGAUGGUGCUGCCAAGGCUGCUGACUCUACGAGGCGCAGGAAGUUGAACGGCGAUGUCCCUCCUUUGAAAAGGGUUCCGUCACCCGAGUCUAUCCAGGCCGAGUCCUCGGAUCACUCCAAGAAGCGCAAGCCCUCGCCUUCAGACAACAAAAACCCGAAUAAAAAGAAGCGCACAUCCACCGACCAGGAAGCCGUCCCGCGUCUGCCGAAUAGAAUGGGCUCGAACGACGCCAGCCCGGCGGCCUGCUCCAGUCCUCUCAUCUUGGACAAGCUGCACGACGCUCUCGAUGCCGAUGGCAACCCCUCUCCGUCGCCUGGGGCGAGUCCAGCUUCUGACUCACCUCUCGUUGACGGCAGCGGCGCCACACAGCCGCAACGGGCCAGUAACAGGCGGUACAAGCCUGCCGACUCGCGGACGGGAGGCUCAGUGGAUGCUGCUUCCGCAUCAUCGAGUGCCAAGUCCGUUGACGCCAAAAAGAAGAAUCCAAAGCCCCGCGACAAGUCGCGAUCAAAUGGUGCAAAUGGGUCGACACAUGCAGCCGGACCGGGCAGCUCGCAUCCGCACCAUGUCGCUGGCUCGGACAGCUCGCUUGGCUCGCGCCAUCGAUCGUCGACGCCGCCGAUCAAGGUCCGGAUACCGAGCACGCGGUCGUCUCUCAGCGAGAUGACCAAGCGGGCAAAGCGCCUGUCUGACUACAUCACCCGGUUCCAGGUCUCGCUAGCGAGCACCGACGAUCGAUUUUCGCCGACCGACCGACUCCCGUUCUUGGCGACCCAAGCCCGCCCGUCGACAUCGUCCGCCAACUCGGUCAGCUCAGCCAACUCGAGCGGGGGCGAUAGCAUCGAGUCGCUGCAAAGCGCAGAGUCGAGCCCCUCGGCCUCAGGAGGCCUCUCUCCCGAUCCGCCAAUCGAGGAGCUGACGAGCAUGCAAGUGCUUGAUCAGCUCGAGCGGUGUCUGAACAAGUUUCAGGAGCGGUUUGGGGUGAUAAAAAAGUGACCUGGGCUGCGUCCCAGCCCACGUUGCUCCUGAUGCUGUUGCUGUUGCUGUAUGUAAUUUUCCGAUCUGUGAAUUUUGAUUCCUGCUAUGUCUCCUCU